GAAUUUGUCUUAAUCCGGUGAUAAUUGUGAAGAUUUUUGAAAAAAAAUCCAAAAUCUCAUCAUAUGUUCUUUGAAUGGCUGCUUCACACACGAGCGGCUAUUGAAAUCUGCUGGAACAAAUGCUUCUGCUACUGCUGCUGCUGCUGUUGUUGAGUUUAAUGAUUGAUUGAUAAAUUUAAUUUGUUUUGUCUCAUUUAAAUUGUCACAUCUGGUAUCUGGAUCUAUAUUUUUAUUUUGAACCCUUUGGAACUUUGGAGCAAUUCAUCUAUUUCUUGCCAAAUGACUAAACAAAUUAUGAAUAUUUUCGGAAAACUUGAAUCUGAAUAUGAAACUAUCCAGAAAUCAUUGACCGUCAUUGAUGAUAGUAUUAAAAAAAUAACCGGUAAAGAUCCAGGCCGUAUUUUUGAUGAAAAAAUUGGACGUAAUAGAUUUCGAUCAUCAUCAUCAUCAUCGUUUGCUAUUGGAAAUAAACGAAAAUUAAACGAAUUCGAUGAUAAUGAUAUCGAUCAUUUUGAUAAUCAUCACGAUGACGAUGAUGAUAGUCCAUACAAACGUUCAUUACAGUCCCAAGUGGUGGCCACUUCAUGGGAAAUGAAACACCGUAAUCAGGUGCUUGAAGAACAAAAAAAUGAUAAAAAAUCAAUGUCACGUAAUCGUCGAAUGUUUGGUCAUAUACUAGGUACAUUGGAAAAAUUUAAAAAUGAACAAUCACAACGUAAAGAUUUGCAAAAACGUGCUGAAAUUGAACAAAAAUUAGAUCAAGCUGCCGAACAAGAACGUGAAGCAUUGAAAAAAGAACGAGAAAAAUUAUUUAAAGAACGUAAAUCAAAACGUUUACAAAUGAAAUGUUUAGAAAUGAAAUUACAACGUGCUGAAAUUCAUAAAAAAUGGGAACAAUCACAACAAUAUUUGGGAAAUUUUAUUGAAACCAAAACUAAACCAAAUAUAUUCUAUAUGCCAACGAAACAUAACGCUGAAACAAUGAAACGUUCACAAGAAACUAAAGAUAAAUAUAGAAUCAUUUUUGCUGAAAAACGUGCUAAAAUACACAAAGAAUUGAAUGAAAUCGAUGAAAUGUAUCGUAUGAAUAAUGACGAAGAAUCUGGUACUGGUGUUGUUGGUGAUGGUAAUGAUGUUGAAAAUCAAUCUCAUCAUAAUCCACCAUUACAUGAUAAUGAUGACAAGAAUCGGAAUAAAUCUCAGGAUAAUAAUGAUGAUUCAAAGAAAAAUGGUCAUUUUGUUGGUCAAAUGGCAAAAGAAUCGAUCAAUUCCACUGCCACCACUACAAAUGUUGAUGGAAAUGCAUCGAAUUCGAUAAAAAUUGUUGAUGAAAAAAUAACUGAAGAAAUAAAAUCCAAAGAACAAAAAAAUCUUGGUCAUCAUCAUCAUCAACACCACCACCACCACCAUCAUCAUCAUCAUCAUCCUAGUAAAAAAUCUUUAAAAGAAGAACCACAGAGUAAUAAAACAUCGAAAGAACAGUCACAACCACAAAAACAAGUUGCUGAUGAUGAAAAAGAAAAGGAAAGAAAAUUGAUCGAUAAAGAAGAUUUUGAACCAGAUUAUGAUUGAUUUAU